AUGGAUAGGUACCAAUUCGAGCCAAAAGAUAUCUGGAAUAUGGACGAGACAGGGGUGAGCACUGUUCAAAAACCUAGCAAAAUUGUAGCUCAAAAAGGAAUUAAACAAGUGGGUGCAGUAACCUCAGCAGAGCGUGGAAGAGUAGUAACUGCUGCUGUUGCCAUCAAUGCUCAAGGAGGACAUAUCCCGCCUUUUUUCGUAUUCCCACUGAAACGAUUCCAAGACCACAUGAUAGGCGAGGGUCCUGUUGGUUGUGCUGGAGCUGGCAAUGCUAGUGGAUGGAUGCAGGAUGCAGAAAUUUUACUGUUUCUACAACAUUUCAAAAGACAAGUCAAACCCACAGUUGAUCAGAAAUGCUUGUUACUGCUCGACAACCAUGCGUCGCAUAUAUCAAUUAAUGCUCUAGAUUUUUGUAAAGGAAAUAGAAUAGUACUGCUAUCGUUUCCACCCCAUUGUACACAUAAACUUCAACCUUUGGAUAGAGCAGUAUUUGGGCCAUUUAAGAAAAUGAUAAGCACCGCUACAGACAACUAG